GGUGAUCCUUACGUAGUAGAAACGCCUCGAUGCGGUUAUUGUAGGAACUGCAAUAUUACAAACUGUUCUUAUGUUGUGUUAGAUCCUGAAGGAUGGACCCCAUGCCCGGCCAAGACAUACGGCUUCAGAUCCAGACCGACCUCCUCACGUGUCCGCUGUGCAGACGUCCUUACGUCAAGCCGCGCACCUUGCCGUGCCACCACACCUACUGUGAGACGUGCGUCGCCAGGUGUGCCGGGAGCUACCUGACGUUCCCCUGCCCGUCCUGCCGUCAGGACGUCGCCGUCCCCGUGAGCGGCGUGUCCGGCUUCCCCGAGGACGUCUUCCUCAGCAGACUGUCCUUCAAGGUCAGGACCAUAGAGGAGCCCUACGUCACACCCUACGUCAUCAACGAAUGUUUGACUCACCAGCGAGCGCCCAUCAGGUUUUACUGCCAGACGUGUGAGAAGCCGCUGUGCAGGGAGUGUCCCAGGGGGAACCACAACGCACACAAGGUGAGUCACAUAGAGGAGCAGAUAGAGAGGAUGAAGGAACGAGUCGGCACCGCUCUGUCUGACCAGCGACAGAGGUCUGCUACAGCCGUCACAAAUUUACAGGCAGUCCGUAACUCCAUCACUGAGAUUCUGCCACAGAAAAACGCCAUGGAACGCCACAUCGAAGCACUUGUGCAUGAACGAAUACAAGCUAUCCAAGUAGAGGGAGACGCACUGCAGGAAGAGUUAGACACGAUGUAUCAUAAACACUUUUCUGACAUGACCGAGAAGAGGAAAGAGUUGGAAAGCAUGGUAGAAACUCUGCUGACGUUUGACGUUGAAGCGGAGAGAGAGCUGGCUCGCGGCGGGUUGGUGGAUGUCAACCGGCACGGAGAGAUCUCAGAGAAGCUGAAGAUAAUGUACGAGACCAUGAACAGGCCUGUCAAACAUUCAUCGGGAUUUCAGGCAACAUUCAUACCAACGACCACAGCUGAGGAACGUCUUGUGGGAUACUUUGAAAGAGGCGAGAAACCUGUUCACAGAACGAACAACCCGGAGGUCAUAACGCAGUCGUCUAGGGUUGUUUCACAUAUGCAAGAACAUACCUUUCACUUUGGAUCCGUUUCCCACAACGGUCACGAAACGGGGUCUUCUCCGAAGUACGACUGGGAAAGGGAAAAUGAGAAGGGAAUACGGGCGGGGAUUUUCCAAGGCAAUAGGAACCGGCCAGCCUCGGCGAGGUACAGUGACGAGAAGCAAAAGAACGGCUCCUGGGUUCCCAAUCGCAGUUUCUCUCUUCAUGAAACACCAAACGAGAACACCAAGUCUGUGCCACAUAUCAGAAGGCAAGUAAGCGAGCCUGCGAAUGCUACACUUCAAUCGUACACAACGAGAGAAUCUACACAACAACCUGAAGCAGCAGUCAAGUCUGCACAACAACCCGAGACAGCUGCCAGGUCUGCACAGCAAUCAUGGACAACUACAAGGCAUUCACAGCAAUCAGACACAGCUAUCAUGACAGGGACAGCUACAAGGCCUACACAGCAGUCUGAGACACCUGCCAGCAAUCAGACAAGUAUGACAAGGCAAAUGAGUGAGUCUGCGAGGCCUACACAGCAAUUAAACACAACAAGAGAACUUGUGCAGGCACCAGAUACAGCUACAAGACCUACACAGCAUUCAAACACGACUCCAGUACCUACAAUUUCAUCAAAAACAGCUCAAAAGCCUUCGCGGCAGUCAGAGAUUCCUCGAAUACCCACACUUGAACCGGAUACAGGAAAGGGAUCUACACAACAAUCAGAGACAGGUCCAAUGUCUCCACCUCAAUCAGACACGACAGGAGGACCUAUACAGCAAUCAGAGACACCUCAAAAGACUGCACAGCAAUCAGAAACAGCUAUCAGAUCUACACAGCAAUCCGACACAGCACAUGGACAGCAAUCCGACACAGCACCAAGCACAGCACAGCGAUCAGAGACAGCAAAAGAACCCUCUCUAACACCGGCUGCGUCACGACUCGGCUCCAAUCAGAACUUUGUUCGAUGGAAGACAAUUCGUAUCGCCGACAAGGGAAAAGUGUCCAAGGUCUUGGAGUUCCCAGCUCAAGAAAAUCUAUCUGAAGAGAUUUUUCUGUAA